CUCGCUCGCCUAGCAUAUCAUGGGAGGCUGCGCGAGCAAACCUAAGGACAUGGGCAAUAGGAAGCUGCCUUCUCCCGCUAUCAAGAAGCCACACGCUCCGCCUGAGGUGCCUGUUGAGUCGCCUGAAGCUGCAGCAGCAGAGACAGUGCCACAGGAGAAGAAAGAUGGGGAUGAAAACAAGGAGACUACUACUUUGGUAGAUGUCAGUGAGCCAGCUCCGAAGAUGGAACCGGAAACAACUGAGGUGAAACCAGUGGAUGAGGAAGGUGUUCCAGUUGAGGCAAAGCCAAAGGAGGAGAAAAGAGAGGUAGCAGAAACUGUUGAAGUAAAGGAGGAAGAAAAAGAGGUAGCAGAAACUGUUGAAGUAAAGGAGGUAGAUGGAAUUGAAGCACCCAAGGAGAAGAAAGAGGAAGCAGGAACUCAUGCCGCGCCAAAGGAGGAUAAGAAAGAAGAGUAGAAAAAAGCAUAAUGUAGUACUACAAAGAACCAUAGAUCGGUGUUUAAACCUAUUCAUUCUAUGAACUGAAAUAAAUUUUCUAUUUUUCAA